GCUUGUUCAUUGUAAAAUUUGGUCAAGAAAAUUUAAAAUCUUUUCUUUCAAAAUGCAUUUAAAACUUUAAAAUAGUGGUCAUUUCUGCUUAAAAUCUCAACACAAUUGACAUCUUAAUAUCGCCUAUGAACCUCGACAGCGUGUCUUAGCAACGUCACGUCGCGUUCUACUGAUGUCACCCAAGAUUAUUUGACACUUUAUCAAUCUAUAAGGUUACGACAAAUGGCCGAGUUACAAAAUAAAUUUUCAUUUUUAGAAAACUAAAACUUGUUGAAAUUGGUUAAUUGGUUACAGUUGGAAAUGUAAUUUUCAGUCAAAGUGCUUAUGGAACUGUCAUGUCCGUCCGUCUGUCCGUUUGAUCAUUUUACGAUAACUUUCGUUAAACUUGUCCUAGCGACUUUAAAUUUGGUAUAUGUGUAGUAUGUGGCAAAUGAGGAGUUAAAUUUGAAGAUGGGCGAAAUCGAUUAAGUGGUUGACCGGUGGUGGUCAUCUGGGUGGGUGGAGUAUUUCAAAAUCUGAAAAUUGGCAUUGAGAUUGCUAAUGGUGUCUAAUUGAAGAAUAUUAAUUUAAAUUGGGAAAAUUUUCGAUUGGAGGGACCCGAUACCAUACCGAUUGUUGAAAAUUAUCCAAUCGAGCUGAAAUUAGUGCAGAGAUUGCUAAUGCCUGAUGAAAGAAUAUGAAUUAAAACAUUUUUAUGUGGAGGGACCUUUAAGGGGUGACCCAUAUCGAUUUUUAAAAAUUGUAUUAAAAAGAUGAAAUUCGCUCCAGACACUCAUAGAAGACUGAAAUUUGGCAUGACCCCGCGGGGGUAGACCAGAUUGAAAAAUAUGAAGUAAAUAUUAAGAUUUUUUCCACAGAGAUUUAACAAGGUGACCCACAUUGCUUUUUAUAUUGGUAGAAUAAACAUGAAAUUCUGUAUCAUGGGUAAGGGCACAUCAGACUAAAGAAUAUGAAAAUGAAUAUUUUUGUGGGCCCAUGAGACCCGUACUGGUUUUAAAAUUGGUCAAGGAGCUGAAAUUUUGCAUGCUGGAUUAUGGGAACAUUUUUGCCGAUUACGAAUAGUAGUCAGUAGUUGGUGCAGGUCGUCUGACUAAAAUUUAGAAGCUGACACUGACCCUGACUCGGGCUAAAUAAAGGCUGCACGCUGCAGAUUUCAAAUUUAAUUCUCGAAAUAGUAGCCUCGAGAUUUUUUGCUUAAAAAAUCAAGCUAAAAAUUACGAUGAUUUCAUCUUUAAGAAUCAAGUCUCUAUGUCUGCCCUUUCAAAAGUUAUUAAAGGUCAAAGUCGUUGGUACACAGGCCCAGGGGACGUGUACCAACGAUUUAAAAAAUAAUUAUUUUAUUUGUAACUCCACCAUUUGUCGCAACCGUUAAAAGAGCCAAGAGUUACCUAGAUACUUAAUGUCAAGCAAUCGUGGAUGUCACCCAAUUGCAUGAAUUUUAUUAUCGACCGUGUUAUAAAAUUUGUCUCUGACAAAUUUCACAUUUUCAAAUCAUUUACUUGUAUAUCUUGUUUUUGUCACUUUUUGUCCAACCACAUCAUGCCGUACAAGGACACUCCCUCAAAACCAAACCGACAAUACUUAGGCUGGGAAGAUGCUGCCAUCGUGGAAUGGAAAGUCGCAAAGGAAUAUGAAGGUCGAAAACUUUGGGCGGAGCGAUGGGGGCACGGGAAACCGUGGAUGAACAGAUACAACAAAUGGAUCUGCUCCGGGAUGAAUCGUGCCAUGCGAAAACCCAGUUUUCGUAGUUUGGAGUGGCUUGCAUACCAGCGAAGAGCGGAAACAGCGCCUAUCGGAGAAUACAGGACGCGGAAACGGUACGGACUGAAGGACUACUUUUUAGAACCUCUCGACAAUUACCACUGUUGUCCAUGUCCAUACCCGAUCACGACAGCGGGGGAGAUUGGAUGGCUUGGACAACACAAAUGCUGCCAGUUGGAAAUAUAUGGAAAUGAUUUCAUGCAGAAACCUCCAAUUCCUGCACACAUGACAAAGAUAUCCGCCUUUUUGAGUAACAGUCAGUAAAAAUUGGUAUGCAAUUCAAUAAUGCGACAAAAUGUCAUGUUUUCCACUUUGAAUUUUUAUUGAAAUGUCAAAAUAAAGGACAAUUUUAAGAGAGAAAUAAACUAAUACCAAACGCUUUUUUGCAACCAAACAUCAAAGUUAUAGAAGGUUAUACAGAUCUGUACACGAUUGGAAUGUAUUUAAUUAAAAAUCAAUUGAUAAAAAUUUUCAUAGUUUUGCUCUAAAAUUUUGUCAAACCUUAAAGUA